AUGUCCUUUGCAGUGGUGCUGGAGGGCAUGACACUUGCCGCAUUUGCCGUUCUGCUUGUGGGUGGAAAGCAGAAAAGAGAACAAGGUUGGGGCGUCCUCACAAUAUUGGUAGCAUUGGCAGCGUUUGUGCAGGCCAUUGGAAUGGCGUUGAUGGCAUAUUUGUACGAAAACGACGAGCGGUUUUUCUCCGGCUGGUAUCUCGACAAGAGUUGGACCAUGUGUACAGUUUCAUGGAGUUUUGAAGCAUUAUGUGCGGUUGCCAUCACCCUGGCGGCAGUGACGCUGCCAAGCGAAGGAGGAUACGAAUUGAUUCCAGACCAUGGCUAA